GGGAGUGCACAGGUCCUCCUGCGUCUGAUACGGGAUGCAUCGUUGACGUUCUUAUCGCCGUGGUAGCUGUCUAACCUUCGGUGCAGGGGAAAGACGAUUUUUUUUCGAUUUUCUCAUUUUCCGACGUUUUUCUAUCUAUUUUUUUUCUUUUCGAGAAUGGCCUGGAGAAGAUGAGGAUGGCUGGCCUAACGGUUAGAUGAGUGGACAGGCCAGGACAGACAGCAACGUGACUGGCGGCACUGCGGGAGCUGCUGUGCUAUUCUAUCUGACGGUGAGAAAGCUACAGGCUCUGUGUGCUGCAAUUGAGAGAAAGACACCCGACAAUGGACAGAUUCAAGAUCCCGGACAGCCCGCCCUUGCCAAAGCAGGAAACAAACGCCCCGGAGACGAGGAUUCCUGCGCAGCUCGGUUCGGAGCUAGACCUCGGUGAUGACGAUGACGAUGACGACGAAGGAGACGUGCGUGUGAAGCGGGAGGAGGACGUCGACAUGGCGGACGAGCUGCCGCCGGGGCCUGGGCCCGCCACUGUCUUCAGCACGGGCCGGGCGCCGCAGCCGAUCAACAACUUCGAGCAGUUUGAGCACACGGACUCGCUGCCGGCGACGCCCGAGGACCUCCCCGGCAGCGGGGCGGGCAGCUGCGCCGUUCCGCAGGACCCCAACUACGUGACGCCGAUGAUGGACUUCUCGGACCCUGUGCGGCCGCCGCUGGACCUGCUGAACCCGUUUGGCGCCAACAACACGCUCUCGUCGUCGGACCCGAUCCCGAUCACGCUCAGCGGCAGCGGCAGCAGCCGCCGGCUCUCGGACCUGCAGCAGCAGAAGGUGUCCGAGUACAUCGACGACAGGCUGCUGGGCAUCCAGCGGGGGUUUGUCAAGUACCUCUCCUCGAAGGAGGAGGCUGACCUCGAGGGCCUUGCGUGGGAGCAGAUCGCCGCCCGCAUCGACGAGGUCGUCGAGUUCGUCUGGUACGCCCUCUUCCACGUCACCGGCGUGCCUGCCGUCUACCACAGCAACGUCCUUGCGGACGAGUGCAUCCGGGCCAUCUUCGACUCCCGUUUCCCCGAGAUCAAGACCAGGCUCGACGCCUCCAUCCGCCCCUGCCAGCACCUCCUCGUCCGGCCCUCCGCCGACGCCCCGCUACCCGCUCUCGCCCUCCCCGCCACCGUCGACACCCCGGCACACGUCUCCUUCCUCAUCAAGCUCUCCGGCGACCUCAUCGACUACAUCGUCAAGUACGACUUCGCCACCUUCACCGACUGGAUCGUCCUCCUUCGCCUCGCCGCUAAGCUCGACAACGUCCUGUCCGUCCUCGUCGACUACUCCGCCCUCCCGACAACCCCUACACUUGUCAGCACAACCGACAAGGUCCGUCUGGCCUCCAUUGUCCAGCGCACCAAGAUCGCCGUUGUCGAGCUCUUCGACCGCUUCGUCCGCCACCUCGACCCAGCCCAGACCGCCCUCCACCAGCCCGCCAUCGACCACUUCCAGGGCUAUGCCGGCGAGACCUACGAGGGUCUUGUCGACCGUACGUCCGUCUAGCUCCUGCUGUGCAUCUUUUCUGUACCUUCUGUACCCUCUGUAUCCUCUGUACCCCGGAAACCCUCAUCAGUUCCGACCUGACGUCUGGCUUCCGUAGC